UGCACCACAACUUAUUAACAUACUAUGUUUAAGCACCAAUGAGUAAUGUUUUCCAAGAUAGUUAAAUAUUAUACAGACUCCGGUUCAUUAAUUAUUCCUCUUAAAAAUUAUGAAGUUUCAGUUGCGAAAUGAAACUGUAAUUCUUUUAUAUGAGUAUGCACUGAAGGCAAAAGAAUAGAAUACACAACAACAAAAUUUCUUCAAGUGUACUAAAUCGCUUGGAUGAUCACUUGCAACGAACCCUUGUAUCCAUCUCUUAUGAAUACUUAACUUCUCUCCUUUAAAUAGCUGGGAAAAAAUUUAAUUGUAAUUUUGUUUAACUGUACCGUCUAGCGAGUGACCUCUGUGGGCACUUGUUACAAAAUAUUUUUUCUAUGUUUGUUAUUUCCGUGUUUUCCAUCUUUUUCUCCAUUAUUUUCCAUGCUGCAGUGGAUAAGGUCGCAAAAAAUGUGAACCCUUUAUCUCAUGAACUGUCCGAAAUUAAAGAUUCAAAACCGAAGUAUGUUCUUAGGCAGAACUUUGUUUGGCAAAACUCAUGCAUAUCAUUUGUGCACGCGUUGGUAUCCGGUGUUUGGUCUUUGUCAGCGUUUUACUUCGAGCCGGACUCCCUGACAGACUUGAUUAAUGAAUUCUCAGGAUAUACUCUCUCACUAGUAUCCUAUUCUCUUGGUUAUUUCAUUUUUGACUCAGUACAUAUGGCUGCCUUACAUCCCCAUCGUUCAACAGCGGAGUUACUAAUCCACCACUUCAUUAUAUUUUUGUGCUUCUCAUCUGCUUUAUUGUCAGGAAAGUACAUCGGAUACGCAGUUGUUUCACUUCUUCCUGAAGUUAACUCAAUCUUUCUCCAUUUGCGACGACUAAUGAAUUAUCUGCGUGUCCCUAAAGACAACCACUUCUUCAGAUCUAUUUGUCUAUUGAAUAUUGGUACAUUUAUUGUAUUCCGUUUUAUUGUCCUCUCAUGGAUGACACGAUGGAUUGUUAUUAAUCGUGAUUCUAUUCCAUUUGGUUAUUAUUGUCUUGGUUCUAUUGGUCUAGCUAUCCUAAUGGUUAUGAAUAUUGUAUUAUUUAUUCGAAUUGUAUACGCAGAUUUUCUUACAAAUAGUACAGUGUCUAGUGCAGCUUCAAUGGUUGCUUCAGCUGGUACUGGAACCAGUACAACAAGUAGUAGUAAACCUCAUCUCACAGUACAUUCAUCUUAUAUGUCUACACAUUAGAAAGUAUAAAAAAUAAAUAGCAUUUGUUUUCAUUUUCGGACACUUUUUGCUUUUUUAAUGAAAUAUCUUUUCACUACUUUUUAUUAUUAUGCUUUUGUAUUCAUUUAUAUUUGGAAACUAUUUAUCCGUUGUAAAAAAGAAAGUCAUGUUUUUCUUCUCACUUUUACUGUAUAUAUACAUAUAAAACAUCAUGAGCUAAAUUUUCAUGUUUCUGUCAAGAUAAUUAUGAAAUCUAUUUCAGGUAUUUGGUGCUUUUUUAAAAUUUUAUUUGGCGCUUUAAAUUAUAUUGUUGUCAAUGCAUUUUAUACUGUAUUAUUCUUGCUUCUUGGCUUCUUUUUCUCUCCAUCCUUCAGAAACUUCUUAACAAAUUUUGUAAUGUUCUAUCUGUGAUAUCAAUUCGACAUGAUUACUAUUAUUGUAUCAAUAAAAUCAGUUGGCUGUUUUGUAGUGUGUAUUUUGGUUUUAUGUAUAGUUUAUUCAAUUCAAUUUUUUAGAUUUUUCCGUCGAUUGAUUGAACCGAAGUG